AUGCACGCACGGAGGCGAGUGGAGCGGCGCGACAGCGGAAGGGCCGCCCGCGUUGGCAGCGAGCAGCGCGGCACGGCACAGCGCGAGAUGAAUCUGGCCCCGAGCGCCGGCCAUAAAUCCCGGCAGCGACGACUGCCGCCGCCGCCCGACCAGGCCGGGCCGGGCCUCCUGAAUAAUUCCUGCGAGCACGCCUCCCUGCCGCCCCGUUACCAAAAAUAUUUUACUCUCAUGAACGAUCUGCAGAAACGCCGCGACGCGCUGCGCAGCACAGCGCACGAGCCGGGCGCGUGGAUGCGGACUUCAGCGGCCUCGCCUCCCGGACGGGAGGCAUGCCUCACGCCCCCGCUGCCGCUGCCGCUGCCGCCCCCGCGGAUUGCCCUGUCACGUCUCUCCGCGUGCGAGGAUAUCUCGCCGUCUCGCUCUCUGUCCGCGCUUCGUCAUCCUUCAGCCUCUGUCCACUUCUCCCUUGUCAACGGAGCAAGCUACCUGCACGAGUUCAUGCCGGGCAGCCCCGAGGAGAACGCGGGCGGCUGCGAGUCCGGGCCGCCGCUCCGCCACCAGGAGGUGCUGACGCACGAUGGGGGGAUCCCCAUCUUCAGGAUGCGCAGCGCCGAGGAGACGGCGGCGGCGCACGACCUGCUGGAGCUGUCGCGCUCGCUGCCGCCGCUGCCAGCGCCCGGCGCCACCACCUGCUACAUCGUCGACCAGCCCACGCCCGAGCCCUCGCCCGCCGCCUACACCACCGGCGCGCCUCCGCCGGACUGCUACUACGAGCCGGUGCCGCAGCCGCCACCGCCGCCGCCGCCCUCGCUCACGCCGCCCACGUCCGAGUACUCGUCCGACGCCGAGAACAACCCGCCCCCGCAGGUGCCGUCCCCCGGCCCUGUCCAGGUGAAGACAUCUGUGAUAUAUACCUACGACGCUUUGAUGGCGGCCGACGGGCGCACGAAGAACAGAAAGGUCAACAAACCGGUGGUGACGGCGGCGGUGGUGGCUCCGCAAGACGGCGCCGCAGGCACCGCCCCCGCUGGCGCCGGCGGCAAGGCGGGCGGCGGCAAGUACGUCUGCAGCGAGUGCGGCAAGCAGUACGCCACGUCGUCGAACCUGUCGCGGCACAAGCAGACGCACCGCUCGCUCGACUCGCAGGCGGCGCGCAAGUGCGUGACGUGCGGCAAGGCGUACGUGAGCAUGCCGGCGCUCGCCAUGCACCUGCUCACGCACAAGCUGUCGCACGCGUGCGGCGUCUGCGGGAAGCUCUUCUCGCGGCCGUGGCUGCUGCAGGGGCACCUGCGCUCGCACACCGGAGAGAAGCCCUUCGGCUGCGCGCACUGCGGCAAGGCGUUCGCCGACCGCUCCAACCUGCGCGCCCACAUGCAGACGCACUCGCAGGACAAGAACUUCGCCUGCUCUCGCUGCCACAAGACGUUCGCGCUCAAGUCCUACCUCAACAAGCACCUCGAGUCGGCUUGCUUCAAGGACGACGAGAACCAACCGCCGCCGAUGCCGACUGCCUCCUCCAACACGACGACGGUUCUCACGUCCACUCACUUGCAGGACGGGAACGAUGUCGAGGUCGAGGUCGAGAUAGAGCUCGUCUAA